AUGAAGCUUAUAUACACUACUUUCGACGUAAUGGUAUCCGUCUCAGAAAUACGUAAUCGGGUACUUGGAUAUAGGGUAAACAACAUCUAUGACGUAGAUAAUAAGACGUAUCUUCUAAAACUCAACAGCGUAACAUCUGAUGACAAAGCUAUUCUUCUCUUGGAAUCUGGUUCACGUAUUCAUAUUACUGACUUUGAAUGGCCUAAGAAUAUGAUGCCUUCUGGGUUUUCAAUGAAGCUCCGAAAACACAUCAGAAACAAGAAGAUUGUAAACAUAUCACAGAUAGGAGCAGACCGUGUUGUUGACAUCCAGAUUGGUUACGAGUCUUCUGCAUAUCACUUAAUUGUGGAGUUGUAUGACAAAGGGAAUAUGCUUCUUGCCGACGAUUCAUAUACGAUCCUACAUCUGCUGCGUCCACGAACUGAUAAGAAUCAGAAUAUUCGAUUUGCAGCCCAUGAGAAAUUUCCUACAGAGUCGUGUCGACAAAUCCUAGAGUGCUUUCAAGACUUAAAAAGUGAAAAAUCUUUAAAUGAUAUAGAAGACUUCCUCAUUCCCUUAUUCCAGUCAUCCAAAGGACCAUGGACAUCUAAUGUACAAACGUGCGAAAAUCCUCCCAUAAACAAAACAUUAUCUCUCGAGUUGCCUUAUGGAAAUGUUAUCAUAGAACACUGUAUGCGUGUGGCGCAAAAGGAGAUUAAAGGCAUGAAAGCCCAAAAAGAUGACUUUCAACCAGAAUUCAUCGAAUCAGAUGUAAUGAAGCAGUAUGUUAAGCAUUUCACCAUGGCCUUAAGGGAUAUUUUACUGAAAGCGUAUUCACUGGAUAACACUACUCCGUGCGGUUACAUAUUUGGUAAAUCACAAUCAUCUUCAGAAGGUUUGCAAAGUUAUGAAGAAUUCCAACCAUUUCUCUUUGAACAAUAUAAAGAUAAACCUUAUAUAACUUUCAACAGUUUCAAUAAGGCCGUGGAUACCUUCUUUUCGAAACUUGAAAGUCAGCGGACAUCAGAACAAAUUCUAAGAAAUGAGCUGAAAGCCAACAGAAAAGUAGAAAAUAUUAAAAAGGAUCAAGAACGUCGAUUAAUGGCAUUAAGAAGUGAACAGGAAUUAGAUAUGCAGAAAGCUUAUCUGUUAGAAGCUAAUCAUCAACUUGUGGACAAUAUCAUUAUCAUGCUUAAUCAUGCAUUAUAUAAUCAAUUGAAUUGGAACGAAUUGAAAACAAUCAUUGAAGAAGCAAAGAAACAUGAUGAUCCAUUAGCUUGUCAUAUUGUAGAACUAAAAUUACAAUCGAAUCAAGCUAUUAUUCGUUUAAAUGAUCCAUUUGAAUUAUCAAGUGAUAAUGAAAAUCUAGUUGAAUCAACUAAAAAUGAAGACUACAUAGAAGUAAUUGUAGAUCUUGAUUUAAAUGCUCUAAAUAAUGCUCGAAAAUAUUAUGAUAAGAAGAGGGCUGCUAGCAAGAAAGAAGAAAAAACUAUCAAUGCUUCACGUAAAGUUUUGAAGUCAGCUACACACAAAGCUGAAAUAACAAUGAAGACUGCCAAAACAGUAGCACAAAUUACAGAAGUUCGUAAACCAAUGUGGUUUGAAAAGUUCUUUUGGUUCAUCAGUUCAGAAAAUUAUUUAGUUGUUGCCGGUCGUGAUUCACAACAAAAUGAGGUAUUAGUAAAGCGUUACUUAAAACCUGGUGAUUUAUUUGUUCAUGCAGAUAUGCAUGGUGCCAGUACUGUGAUAGUGAAAGCUAGACAUCUAACUUCUGAAGAAAUAAAUUCAUCAACGUAUCUAGAUGAUUCAGCGCACCAAAAUAAUAGUAUACCAUUACCUCCUCCAAAAACCUUAUUGGAAGCUGGCAAUAUGGCUGUGGUACUAAGUUCUGCAUGGCAAAGUCAUGUUCUCACAAGAGCUUGGUGGGUUUAUCACGAUCAAGUGUCGAAAACAGCUCCCAGUGGUGAAUACUUAACAACAGGUGCAUUCAUGAUACGUGGUAGGAAAAACUAUUUACCACCAUGUCCCUUUGAUUUUGGAUUUGGCAUAAUGUUCAAGUUGCAUGAAGAUUCUAUAGCUAAACAUAACGGGGAACGUCGCAUCAUCACUUUGGAUAAGCCCUUUUUAGAACCACCAGUUGGUAAGCUAGAAUCGCUUAGCCUUCAAACUGCUGGCGAAACUUCAGAAUUCCCGAAUGCUUCUCUUCAACUUGACUUAGCAAAGGAUCUUUCCAGACCCCUCAACUCCUUUGGUCAAAAUAAUCCUGAUGAAUCACAAAUCUUACCGGAAAUUCUUCCAAAAAAAGGUAAAACAAAGAAUCAAAAAGUGGACAAGUCAAAAGUGAACAAGAAAAUCAUAAUUACACCAAAUUUGGAUAAAGCAAUCGUGGAAAGAAGUGAGAAACCAACAGAAAUUCAGUUACCUAAUCAACAAAGUUUGAAGCGUGGUCAAAAGUCUAAACUGAAAAAAAUCAAGCAAAAAUAUAGUGAACAAGAUGAAGAGGAACGAGUGCUUCGUAUGAAAAUGCUCCAGGGAGACGAUGCUAAACCAAGUCAGUAUCAUCAAAUUCUUGAGCGUGAUCAUCUACCAAGCCAUACUAAAAUAUCACAAUCUACUACUGAUCUUCAACCAGUAGAUAAGUUAGACAGCAUACAAAACGAUCAACCAAACAAAGAUGAGGUUGAGUCCAUAAUCUCUGUAAAAAAAUCAGAUGAUAAUCAUUCAGUUAAAUCAGAUAAUCAGAACGAAGAUAAUGUACAGGAUAUUGAAGUUGAAGAUGGCAUCAAUAAUGAUGAAGAUAUAUUGGAUGAAACUAAAGAUGAUUUACUUUUGAUGUUAAAUUCAUUGACUGGUCAACCAUAUAAUGAUGAUUUAUUGUUAUACGCUAUCCCUGUGUGUGGUCCUUAUUCAGUAAUGUUGAAGUAUAAAUUCAGAGUUAAGCUUAAUCCAGGGACUACUAAAAGAGGAAAAGCAUCGAAAAUGGCUUUGUUUCAAUUUACAUCAGAUAAGUCUACAACAAAUAGAGAACGAGAAUUGAUACGUGCUAUGAAAGAUGAAGAAGUGUCACGAAAUUUCCCCGGCUGUGUGAAAAUCACAUUACCUCAAGGAAAGAUUUUAGGGAAAAAGCAUUAA